CUCUUCGCCGCCGCGAGCGAUUCCAAUUUCCAUCCAACCCAUGUAAGAAUUAAUAUCUCAGGUCUCAAACACAAACCCACGAGAUUCAAUUCAAUUCAAUUCUCACAUAUCUCCUCUCUGUCUGUUAUGGAUCGCGAUACGCAAAGCCCUGAUCAUCCGCCUCCUAUCCUGGGACGAAUCAUAACCAAAGGGAGGGUCAAACUUUCUGCAAUAAAAAAAAUGAUGGAAAUGGAUUGGUAUCCUCUGAAACAGGUGAGAGCUUACAAGUAUGACGACAAUCUGUUUGCAUUCUACCUCAAAUUUGAAUUCCACAGGAAAUGGGCAUUAAAGAAUGCUCCGUGGACUGUUGAUGGUUGCAUUCUAAAUCUGAAGCAUUGGGACGAUAUGCUAGCUGCUGAUGAGGUAGACUUUUCAGAAGUACAAUUUUGGGUUAGAAUUAUGUCUCUUCCUUUAUGCAUGUUGAAUGCAAAAUCUGGGGUAAAGAUUGGUGAGAAAGUGGGAAGAGUGAUAGAUGUUGACGAUGAUGAACAGAUUUUAAGUAGAAACUACGUAAGAGUGAAAGUGAUGGUUAAGGUGGAGUCUCCCUUGAAAGCUGGAUUUACUUUGAUAAGAGAAGGUAUGGAACCCAGAUGGAUUCAAUUCAAGUACGAGAAACUUGUUGAUUUCUGUUAUUGUUGUGGAAGAUUGGGACAUGGUGAUGAUCUUUGCCCACACAAACAACCGAAUGGUGACUUUGUAAACCCAUAUGGGCCAUGGUUGAGAACACAGAAGAAGAAGAUCAUGAUGGAAGAAGAAGAAGAAGAACAUGUACCUGAUCAUGGAAAACUGAGCGCCUUCAGUGUUGAUAUUAUAGAUGAAUUUAAGGAGGAAGAAGAAGAAGAAGAUGAAGAUGAAUCAGAAGGAAACCUUGAAGAGCAGAUAGAGGCAACUACAAUAAUAGUUAAGAAUAUCAUUCACAACGAUCCUAAAGGGAAGGAGGCUGCAGGCGGCCAUUGCCACUAAUCAAUUAGGAUCUAACACUCUGUUUGUUUUAAUAAUGCUAACUAUCUCUUUCAGACCAUUGGUGAAGAUCACAUGAAUUAGCAGGAA